CUGACACUUCCGGUUCCGUAUGUUAUUUCUGUGAUGGCUGAUAUUGUCCUUGGAAAACGUUGACAUGUGAGCAGAACCAUGUCUUUGACGAAAAAGCCGGGUGGGAAAGCGUUAGAGAUAUUGCAAAACUUGCCCCGCAUAACACUUGCCAAUUUACGGGCGGAUCCCGGUACCAAAAAAGCAGAGAAAAAACGAGGCAGAGGUCAGCACGGAGGCAACAGAAGUGGCCGGGGUCACAAAGGAGAGAGGCAGAGAGGCAAUCGCCCCCGUCUGGGGUUUGAGGGGGGUCAAUCUCCCUUCUAUCUCUCUAUCCCCAAAUAUGGUUACAAUGAUGGACACAGUCGCAGACCACAGUACCAGCCCCUAUCCCUGAAGAGACUGCAGUACCUGAUUGACUUGGGCCGAGUUGAUCCCACUCAACCCAUUGACCUGACACAGCUGGUCAACGGUAGGGGCUUGACCAUUCAGCCCCUGAAGAGAGACUAUGGUGUACAGCUUGUUGACGAGGGGGCUGAUAUUUUUGCUGCAAAAGUCAACAUUGAAGUUCAGAUGGCGUCAGAGGGCACCAUUGCUGCCAUAGAGAGAAAUGGAGGGGUCAUCACCACAGGGUUCUAUGAUCCCAGAAGUCUUACAGUCCUCUGUAAGCCUGUCCCAUUCUUUUUGACCGGUCAGCCAAUUCCAAAGAGGAUUCUGCCAGGGGAGAACUUGGUCCCUUACUACACAGAUGCCGUUAACAGGGGUUACCUGGCGGACCCAGAGAAGAUCCAACAAGCACGGUUGGCCCUGGCCAAGAAGUACGGCUACAUUCUGCCAGACAUUUCUAAGGAUGAGCUGUACCACAUGCUCUCCAUGAGGAAGGAUAUGAGGCAGAUCUUCUUUGGCCUUUCACCAGGAUGGGUGGUCAAUAUGGCGGAGAAAAAGAUCCUGAAACCUGUGGACAAGGAACUGCUCAGAUAUUACAACUCGUAAAAUGCUAGUCUGUGAAAUAAACCUGGUUUGAUGUAUGUAAAUGC